CGGCAGUGACGGUGGCCCAUCAUUUCGCUCUCGGAAACGGUGGCUCUCGGAAGUGGCUGCUGCUGUUGUGUGAGCUGCUGCCGUACAGAAUAGCGAACGCGUCUACUAAAACGGCGAGCUUUUUAUUCCCGAAGGCAGAGGUUGGCAGAGCUGCUGGAGAGUGAUUGAAAGGGUGUCAUAUCUUCCCACCUGUUGUAAAGCGCGGCUAAUAAGCUGUUAGCAAACGCAGCCCAAAUCGAUCGUGUCUGGUACGUGUCGAGUGUGUGUGUUUUGGUGAAGUUUUGAAUUAACGGUUCAAACACAGGAGAAUCUUAGUGUGCCGUGGCAAACUAGUUGCGGGCGCUUUUGAAGCAAAGGAAAGGAACAGUGCGCACACCCGACCGGGUGCGUGGGUUUACGUGAUACGUGAUCGUGGUGUGCUAAGCGACGGUGAAGCAGCGGCAGUGGCCAAAGCAAGAUGAAUAAGUGUACGGUGGGAAGACUGUUGAUCUGCUUACUGAUUGCGUUCAUUGCCGGAGCGCACGGUGCCAGCAACUAUCUGUACGAGUCCGAGGAGCGGUACCCAGUGCCCGCCUCAAACCUGCUCGAAGAUGACGUCGAGGAUAGCGAUCGAGCGAGUCUCACGGACGAUGGGGUGCUAGAAAACUAUUUGCAAGGAGGAGGUGCUUCGAAACGAUCAUCCCUGAUCCAGGUAUACCGAAGGGGGUGCAUCCCAAGAGGUGGCAACUGCGAUCAUCGGUCCAACGACUGCUGCCACAACAGCUCCUGCCGAUGCAACCUUUGGGGCUCCAACUGUCGCUGUCAACGCAUGGGCCUGUUCCAGAAAUGGGGAUGAGCGCUGAACGAGCUAGACCACUAAGAUCCUUCCAUUUUUUUUAAAUUUUCUUCCCAAUCACUUCCCGAUCCUCAUUUCACAUUUGAAACAGUAGUCAAAUCUUUUUGAAGAAACUGUAUUUCCUAUCUUACAUUGACGAUUCUGUUCAAUUCAGUAGACACUUAUUAUUUAUCCUCCCAGUAUCGAUGAUUGGUUUUUGUAUUGGCUUCAGUUAUAUAAUUUCAAUAUUUGCUCCUAAACGGAUACCGAUAUCAGAACCAUAGCAAACGAUUUAUCGGAAAAAAACGCGCAAUUCUAUCACGACACGGAACAGAGACAAUGGGAGAGAAAAAGAAAAACACGAACAGGAACAUCUGAUCACGGAACAUGGCAAAAACUAACAUUUACCGACGCAUUGUAUGAAAAAAACGCGUAUUGCAAACCACACAAAUUACUUCCUAGCUGCUCUGAUGGUGAAAUUAAGGAUUUUAUAUAAAGAAGCAAAACCAAAUACAUUUAUAUAUAUACAAACCCCCUAUACACACAUAUAUUAUAUAUAUACACACGUACACAUAAAGCAUCCCUAAAGCAUACGUUUUACGAUUCCACACACACACAGUGCUAGCUCCUCUGCUAGCACACUCCCAUACACACGCACCUGAUGGCGUGUGUGUAUGUGUGUGUGUGUGUGCGUGUGCAUGUACACGGGUGUGCGUGUGCAUGUACACUCCGAAGUGGCUCCUUGGGCGGUGGCAAAUACGUUCCAUUGCGCCGCUCCAUACGAAUGAAGUGUCCAACUGGUUCAACUGGUUCAAGAACAAACCCUGCAGCAACCCUGCAGCAAACACCCGCAUAAACCCUUCGUUUCUUCGUUGUCUGUCCUUCAUACUUCCAAACGCACUUCACAGACAGAUGGUCGGACUGACUCUGGUGGUGUGACUGCGGUGACUGGCGAGAUCGGGGAUGACGAAACUAACUACACAUUACAGUUACUGUUUUAGGAUUAGGUUGGGUGGACAAGGUGUUACAUGAAAAAUCACCAGGCAGGGUAACUGCCGUUGCCGUUGCUGUUAAUCAUGAUAAAGAUAAACGUUUUUAAUAAGAGAAAACAAACCCCCUCCCUUAAACAAGCUCUCAAAAGCUUCUCGAUGUGUGUGAGUGUCCAAAGAUAAUAGAAUUAAAUGAGAAAAGCGAUUCCUAUCUUGAUUCAGUUAAUUUUCAUUCCAUAGUAAAUCGCUUGGCGAAAAACGUAUUGUUUGUGUACUUCCACUGAAAACGCCAUCAUUUGAAUCAGAACGUUUCUUUUAAAGAUCUCCAAACAUCACUUGCAAAAGAAGCUUUCCAUUGUUGUAAAUCUUUGCGUCAAUAAGAGAAAGAGAUGGGUGGCAAAAAGACUUUAAGAAAACGAUCCAAUUAGAUACAGUGCACAAAAUGACAAGAUCAAUUGUACAAGUUUUUCUGUCCAGGGAGAGGAGAAGAUGCCGAGAAAGGUUGCACUAGCAAAUAUGCACAGUCGCGCAGGGUACGGACACAGCACUAGAUUGGGAUGGGGGCAGAAACUAGCCCUAUGAUGUAAAACAAAUGCCGUAGUAAAUUUUCGCCCCCAUUAGAAAUAGAUGCAAGGGCACAUGCCGAAAUGAUGGAAGCUUUUCAAAGUUGCAUAUAAAAAUACGCAUACAUAUUUAACGCCAUUAUCUAUGUGCAGUAUAAUUGUACAACCACCCAUGCGUGGUACGAACACUUUGGAGCUACUUAAUGUGGUCUUCUGCGAGCGUCCUAGUGCCCAGCCACACACAAUAACACAACAGCAGAGGUUAGGCGCACACGCUAGGCGACAGAUUCAGAGAACGGUCGAGCAGUUCGAGGAAGAUUGAGCCGCAAACUCCAUCAAAGUACGCUCUGGGUUUGGAUGCAAAGGUUGCGCAAGAAGCGAACGCCUGCGCAACCGCCCAUACCAAACUGCUCGAAACACCUUCUUGGCAGCUAAUCAGCUCGAAUGGUGUGAACAAAAAAAAAAAAAAAAGGCUCACCAAAAAGGUUUACCGCAAUCGUUGUCUGUGGUGUGGUAAAGUGUGUUUUUAUGCUCCAAAAACGGACAGACGGCAUAAGUCCGACCGGUGUGUAGUGGGACGUUCGUGCAAGCCUGCUUAUUGCUGUGUCUCUGCCACAUGCACCACCGGUCAACCGGUGCACACACACACGAUGGCGAGAGGUGGACCGUUUCCCAGCCUUUCAAACAAACGAUAGUAAAAUUCAUCUCUCUCCACCGUUUGGAGGAUACGGCGAUUGCAAUCGAUUUGCGCGGUAGCUUAAAAUCCCCACCACCAGGGGGAGCAACACUCUUCCCAGCUGUGGCAUGCCCUUUGCGUGUGGAACCUUUUGCGUGUAAGCCUUUUCUUUAUUGAUACCAAAGUUUGCAUUUUUUAUUCAAUCGGUAAGCAUCUAGAAAACUAGCAGUUAUUGUAUUGUAGUUGCUGGACGAAUUGUAAUUAUUCCCACCUCCAUACUUCUCAUCCCCCAUAUACAUACAUACAUACAUACAUAUAUGUAUAGAUCGGAACGAUCCAACUAGUGUCAUUGAAGUCCUUGCCGUAUUUAAACAAAAGAUUAAGAACUCUGAUUAAGCUUCACGAGACUUUACAGCACGCAAGCUCUGUAACGAGUGUGUCCUGAUGAUGAGGAUGUGUGAGUCUUUUUGUUUGAAAAUCUUACGUUAACGGUCCGUUAUUUUUCGAUGCCCAUUCCGCACUGGCUGGGCAGCGGUGCGUCGUGCGCCCAAAGCAAAGAAUCGUUUGGGAAGAGAUCAGGAGCAUGAUGAAACAAAAAACGAUAAAUAAAAGAAGGAUAAAACACACUGUAAAGAGAGAAGGGAAUAGUACAAGGGGAUAGCGAGGGAGGAGGAGGAGAGAGAGAGAGAGAGAGAGAGUAUGAUGUGG